AUGGCAGUGGUGGCGAUGGCAGAGGCUCCCACUGCGCUCGAGCAGUGCCCGGUACUGUCCAGUGCUUCGCCUAAGGGGACUCUGGAUUCUGGGUGCUCGGGCCUGAUACUCCAUCCUGUGAACCUGCUGCCUCAGGAAGACACUGUGCUUGUUGCCAGAGUGCUGGAGGCUCUCUUCAUUGUCAUCGCCAUCACCCUCACCACCACCUCUGACACUUGUGCCCCCUUUCAAAGGUCUCAGCAUCCUCACGCUACCUCCUGCCGCCACUUCCAUCUGGGCCCUCCGCAGCCGCAGCAGCUCGCCCCCGACUUCCCGCUGGCCCACCCCGUGCAGUCGCAGCCGGGCCUCAGCGCCCACAUGGCCCCGGCCCACCAGCACAGCGGCGCCCUACACCAGUCGCUGACCCCGCUGCCCACCCUGCAGUUCCAGGACGUCACAGGUCCCUCCUUCCUACCUCAGGCCCUGCACCAGCAAUACCUCCUGCAGCAGCAGCUCCUGGAAGCCCAGCACCGCAGGCUCGUCUCCCACCCAAGGCGGAGUCAGGAGCGUGUGUCCGUCCACCCCCACCGCCUCCACCCCAGCUUCGACUUCGGCCACCAACUGCAGACGCCUCAGCCCAGGUAUUUGGCUGAGGGCACUGACUGGGAUCUCAGUGUGGACGCUGGCUUGAGUCCUGCUCAGUUCCAGGUGCGGCCCCUCCCACAGCACUAUCAGCAUUACCUAGCGACUCCGCGAAUGCACCACUUUCCCAGGAACUCCUCCUCCACGCAGAUGGUCGUCCAUGAAAUCCGAAACUACCCUUACCCCCAGCUUCACUUCCUCGCUCUCCAGGGACUAAAUCCCAGCAGGCACACUUCGGCUGUGCGGGAGAGCUACGAGGAGCUGCUGCAGCUAGAGGACAGGUUGGGAAACGUGACCCGGGGAGCUGUGCAGAACACCAUUGAGAGGUUCACCUUCCCCCACAAGUACAAGAAGAGAAGACCCCAGGAUGGCAAGGGCAAGAAGGACGAGGGUGAGGAGUCAGACACAGACGAGAAAUGCACAAUUUGUCUGUCUAUGCUGGAAGACGGAGAAGACGUGAGACGCCUACCCUGUAUGCAUCUCUUCCACCAACUCUGCGUGGACCAGUGGCUCGCCAUGAGCAAGAAAUGCCCCAUCUGCCGAGUGGACAUUGAGACACAACUGGGAGCUGACAGCUGAGGGAGGAGUUAGCCAGUGGACGCCCCAUUUCCUUCACCAGGUCCCCCCACGGCCAUAGCCCUUGCAGCCAAACUUUGCCUUCUGAGCCAUUUGACGUAGAGGAGAAGCCUGCAAGCACAUUUCGUGGAAAGAGGAGUUGGUGGUAUCCGUGUCCGAGGGAAAGGAGGGGGCGGGGGAGGACCCACCCGUCCAGAGUGGCCGCUGCCCCCAUCCGCCUUGCUGCGCAGGAAGGAGGGAGCUGGCCGUGCCCAGAGCAGGGCGGGAGUGGGGGGCCCACGCUGCGGAGAACCCAGAUGUGAUCCGAGGGUACUAGCUGAUAGACCAGCCCCUCAAUCCUGUCCUUCGAAGGAUUGUACAUAUACCUCUCGACCACGUAGAAACCAUGUAGGGGUCUCUAGCUAUUUCUGUGGAUGGCAGCCGGAGCAUGUUAGCUUAAGAAAAAUGUCGUGUGUGGUGCUCUUAGUCAUCUUGUGGUGGACAUGUCGCUAUUACCCAA